AAAGAACAACUGGAAAGUGACUAAAUGUUGUUUAAUAUUCAGCCAGAUGCAGUUAAAAAAUGCUAAACUAAUUUAAAUGGAUGCAGGCGUAUCGCGAUAACUUCAAGCAAACGCCCUGCCCAUCGGCCGUCGACCUUCAGGCGGCAGGACCACCCCACCCACCGGCGAACACCUCGCGGCUGCCCUUCUCGCGCAGUCAACGUGGGCGUGACCCUUCGGCCAGUGCCGCCUCUGUUACCGCCUCCGCUGCGGGCGCCCUAACGCCUAGGAUGAUGAGCCCGGGUCCGCCCGGCGGAGGAGGUGGUGGAAUUGGCGGUGGUGGGGGAGAUCCCUCGGCCCUGCUGCGCCAGAACCAAGAGCUGCGCCAGCGAUUGGCAGAUGAGUCGCAUAGCUAUCGUCGCCGUCUGGAUACCUAUAAGCAGGCACAGCAUAACCAGGCCAAUUUGGUUACCCGUCUGCAAUCAAAGAUCCAGCAGUAUCGUCAAAGAUGCAGCGAUUUGGAAGACCGUAUGCAUGAGACCAUUAAGCCCACAGCCGGAACAGGACCAAAGCUGACCACGGGUCCAACCACCAGUCAGGUGCUGUGCUCAACUUCUUUGACCCUGGGACAGAGCAGUUUGCCCUGCAGUUCUUCAUUGGACUCGCCUCCACCCAGUUGUAGUCGCGACUAUGUCCAUGAUGAUGUCUUGGUUACUGGAGGCGGCGGAGGAACAGCAGAAUUGUGCCGCAAAUUGGAGGAGGAGCAUCAACGUUGCGAGCAAGUCCUGGCCCAAAAUAGUGCUCUGCGUCAGCAACUGGAGGAGUCGAAUCGCACCAAUGAGGCAUUGACCAAUGACCUGCAGAAGCUGACCAAUGAUUGGGCGGGACUUCGAGAUGAACUACUGAUCAAGGAGGAUGAGUUCAAGGAGGAGGAGCAGGCUUUCAAGGACUACUACAACAGCGAACACAACCGCUUGCUGAAAAUGUGGCGAGAAGUGGUGGCCGUUAAGAGGUCCUUCAAGGAAAUGCAGACGGCUAUGAAAGCUGAGGUAGCCAAGAUGGGUCAGGAGAUUAAUUGCGUAGGAAAGGACAUCAAUGGCUCUAAUGCAACCGUAGCUUUCGCCCAUCAACAGGCCAAGCGGGCGGCGGAUGAGGAACUCAAGCAAUCUCAGCGAAGCAAUGAUGAACUCCAGAACCAAUUGGCCACACUAAAGGUUCAAUACGAGAGUGCCCGACACGAGAUCAUGGAGCGGGAUCAGCGACUCCUGGAGCUAAUGAAUCAACUAAAGAAACUCGAAGAUCGCUGUGCCCAGGCGGAGUCUCAGGCUGCUCUGGCCAGCCGAUAUAGCGAUGAAAUCGAGAGACUAAACAAUUCCAUGCGUGAAAUUGCGCAGGCCGUUGUUCAAGAUGCGGAAAUCGCAGAUCGCGAGGCAGACGCCGAGGUCACCGGCGGGGUCAUGCAACACAUGCACCUGACGCGUGACGCCGCUUCCGUUGCGGGAGGUGGAGGUGGUCCGGGCAGCACUGCCGGCGGCGGUGGUGGGAAAUCCCCGCGCCGGAACUCGACACGCGCCUCCCAAGCCUUCGCCGAGGGCACAAUUUCAGCCGUUCAGGCGGCACUCCACAAAUAUCAACUGGCUCUCCACGACAUGCAGGUUAAAUUCCAGAAUACCAGUGAAACUCUGCGGACUACCAAAUCCCAGUUGGAAACCAGUGAGGGUACUAAACAGCUUUUAACCACCAAGAUGCAGCAACUCACCGAGAAAUUGGAUAGCAGUAACUCCAAGCUAUCGGAACUUCUUCAGGAGAGGGAAAGUUUGCAGCGCGGAUUGGACGAUGUUCGUACCCAAAAACAGCAGUCCGAGAUGGGUCGGGCGGAUAUCAAUAGUGCGUUCGAGAAUCUGAGUGGUGACUAUGAAAAACUGCAGUUGAACUGCGGAAAACUGCAAAAGCGUAUUGACUCCAUGGAGGAGGACAAAAAAGCCGUGGAGCUAGAAAUUCAACGUAUUCUGAAGGACAAGAACAUCACCGAAUUAAAUUUAAGAUCCGAGGAAGAUCGCAGCAGUCGCUUGAGGGAGGAGACCAUUUCUCUCCGUGAAGAACUUAACCGGGUUAGCCUGAACCGUGAUCUUCUGGAGCAGCAGCGCAUCGAGUCGGAUAAUCUCAUCAAUCUGCUCGAGAAACAAAAGUCCGAUCUGGAGUAUGACCUAGACAAACUGCUGCUAGAGAAAUGCGACCUCCAGGAAAAGCAUGAAAAACUGUCUAACAACAGUUGCUCCACCAGUGAUGAGCUGAAGAGCGUUCAAAAUUGUCUUCAAGAGACGCAGGAAGAACGCAAGAAACUUCGAAUCCAGUCUGCCGAUCAGUCCAAUGAAAUUGGUGAGCUCAAGAAAGAAUUGGCGGUACUGGACAAGGCACGACUUGAACUGGAAACGGACAAUCUAUCAGCCGGGGAAAAGCUUAAGUGCCUGCAGUUGGAAAAGGAGAAGAUCCUGCAGGAUUUGGCUUGCGUAACCAGGGACCGUGGUGAUAUCCACAACCAGCUCACUGCCAUGUGUCGAAAGAAGGAGGCUCUGAACGAGGAACUGAUGCGAACUCGCCAACGUCUAGAACAAACCACCGAAACAAAUAGUCGCCUUAAUAGAAAUCUUGAGGAGAUGGUGAAGGAUGUGGAGGAAAAGCAAGUCGUCAUCGAUCUGCACGAAAAGGACACACACCGCUUGAAUGAACUUUUAGCUGCCCUACGAUCAGAGAAGGAGUCCUUGGAGUCGGUGCUCUUCGAUACCAACACAUCACUUGAAGCCACCGAAGAGCGACGCAGUCAGCUAGAGCGGGAUCUGCAAGAGGCUUUGGUACGGGAGGAAUCCCUCAAAAAUCACGUGGCUCGCCUGCAAAAGGAUCUUGAGCAAUGCCAACGCAAGGCUCAGGAGACCAAAACGCAGUUGCUCAAUGCUGCCCGUGCGGCCGAAAGCGAUUUCAACCAGAAGAUUGCCAAUCUUCAAGCUUGUGCAGAGGAUGCAGCCAAACGACAUGGUGAGGAGAUCCUUCAAUUGAGAAAUGCUUUGGAAAAGCGAAUGCAACAAGCUCUGCAGGCCCUACAAACGGCCAAGGACGAUGAGAUCGAGAAGUUACAGGAGCGACUGGCCACUUUGCAGGCCCAUCUUGAGAGUCUUGUUCAACAGCAUGAAGAGGCUCUGAUCCGGGCCGAAAGCGAGAAACAGCAGGCCCUGUUGAUUGCCCACCGGGAUAAGCAGGCGGUUGCCGAACGCCUGGAAGCCGUGUCGAGGGACCUUAAGACCGAACAGGAGUCCCUUGAUCGCAGCAGGCGUGAAGCCAAUGCUCGGGAUGAAAAGCAAAGGGCUGCGAUCGCUCAACUGAAAGACGAAAUGGUGCACAUGCGCACUAAGGAAGAGGAGCACAAGAUUAAGCUGGAGGAGUGCAUCCGGAAGCAGGAGUUGCAGUUGAGUAGCAUGAGGGAAGAGCGGGAUACCCUUUGCCGUGUGAGCGAGGAAUUGAAGAUGGAGAUUCGGCUGAAGGAGGACAAAAUGGAGGGCACCAACAACGAGUUGCAGGAUGCGCUGCGAAAGUCCAAAGAGGGAGAGGGCUUCAUUGACAGUUUACGCAAGGAGUUGACCGAUUGUCGCCGACAACUGGCGGAUAGCAACAUUGAGCGUGACAAGUAUUCCGGGAGCAACAAGGAACUGCGAGAUCAUGUGAAACGUGUGGAGAGCGCCAAGCGGGAGCAAGCACGUGCCAUAGAAGAGGCUCUUCAAAAGAUCAGCAAUCUGGAGGACACCAAGAACUCGCUAGAAAACGAACGCACCCGAUUGAGUACCAUCUUAAAGGAAACAGAGAAUCACUUUACGAAAACCACCCAGGAUCUGAAUGCCACCAAGGCACAGCUGCAGAAGACCCAAGUAGAGUUCGCCCAAAAGGACGAGGGUGGCAAGGAGUUGCAGUGCAAACUGGUAGCUGAAGUGGAGCUGAAGGAGCGCGCCCAACAGGAGCUAUGUCAGAUCAAGAAGCAGUUGUCCGACUUAGAAGCCAAUCUGUGUGCCACUCGCCAAGAAUUGGGUAGAGCUCGCUGUCAAAACAACCAGGAGGAGCAUCGCUUCCACGCUAGGGAGCAAGAGUUGGCCCAACGUUUGGAGGAGGGUCGUGGCAGGGAAAAGCGGCUGGAGGAUCAAAAGCACAACUUGGAGGUUUGCCUGGCAGAUGCCACCCAGCAGAUUCAAGAGUUGAAAGCGCGAUUGGGAGGAGCCGAAGGCCGCAUCCGAGCCUUGGAUGAGCAGUUAUCCUGCGUGGAGCUGCACAAGCGGGACACCGAACAAAAGCUAUCCUCAGUAGUUCACACUCUGCGUAGGAUUGCUGGAAUUCAAGUGGAUGGUAGUGUGAAUCUUUCCCACCGGUUGUUGAGUCCCUCGAGAAGAUUCAGUCCAUCCCGCAGUUGUGGGGAUUACGACAAUAGGAGCACAUCGCAGUGUCCAGAUGGACCUAUUGAUGUGGACCCGGAUCUGAUUAGAAAGGGUGUCCGCAAUCUGAUGCACCAGGUGGCUCAGUUGGAGCGCGAGAAGGAUGACUACAAGUCCCAACUGGGAGCAGCCAAAAAGCAGCUUCAAGAUGCCGCCGAACAGCAACUUAAAUGCGAUGCCAAGUUGGGCAAACUGCAGGCAAUGCUAAGGAACCUUCAGGAGGAAAAGAGUAACCUAGAAACGGACCGUAAGAUGAAAAUCUCCGCCAUUCAGGCACUAGAGGAGAAGCUUAAGCAUCGUAACGAUGAAUGUCAGAUGUUAAGAGAACGAUUGGCCCAAACGGAGAUGCAACUGGCGGCCACAUCCGAGGAGAAUGGUCAAAAUGAGGAACGCCUAGAGAAGAGCCGACAGCAGUACUCCAAACUGGACAACGAGAAGCGCCAACUACAAGAGGAACUAGCCAAGGUUGAGGGCAGGGCCAGUAAACUCGAUCUACAGCGAGUGGCCAUGGAAGGCGAUCUCACUCGUUUGCAAAUGGCUCUGCAGGAGAAGGACUGCAGCAUUCGUCAGAUGGCCGAACGAUUGGAAAACCAAAAUCGUGCCCUGACCCAACUAGAGGAUCGUUGUACCGCCCUCAAGACCACCGUUGAUCAGCUGAAGGAACGUCUUCAGAAGUCUGCCGUCAGUGAAACUCAGCUGAGAGGCGAGUUGAAGACUCUUCAGAAAGAGCUCUCUGAGCAGGGUCACUGUUCCCAAGCUAAUGAAGAUAAGCUUAAGUUGGUCCAGAAGUCUCUGCAGACAGCCGAAAAUGAGAAACGCAUCCUCACUGAACGCCUGGACAGUGCCCAGACCAAUCUAAACGAGUUGCGUCGUAGCCAACAAGCUCAGUUGGAUGGCAACCAACGGCUGCAGGAGCAGGUUACCGAUCUGGAGGUUCAGCGUUCGGCUUUGGAGUCCCAGCUUCGGAUCGCUAAGUGGAAUCAGGAGAGCGGCGGUGAUAAGGGUCUGACCAAUGGCAAUGGUGGCGGCAAUGGCGAGGAGGAGCUGAGUAGACAGCUAAAGUCCUCACAGCGCGAGAAGUCAGAGCUUCGUAGCAAGCUUCAGACCCUGCAGGAUAAAGUCAAGCAGUUAGAGUGCGAUCGGAAGAGCAAGUUCUCCGGCGGAAAUGCCUACGAUCGGGCCGAAAAGUCCAACUCCUACUAUGGUGGAGCUGCUGAGUCCGGGGAGUUCGACUCCAAUCGCUACGAUGUAGGUGGCGGUAAUGCCGGCACAGGGGGUGGAGGUUCCUUUAAUUGCGGAUUGGAUCACAGUGUGAUCGAGCAGGAGACCCGCGAUCUGCGUCUCAAGGUGCGGCGCUUAGAAACUCUGCUAGCAGAGAAGGAGUCAGAAUUGGCACGAUGCAAAGCGCGCAUGAAUGAUAGCGCCAAGUGCCAUGAUGGCAUGGACGGGGAUCGCUAUCGAAGUGCUCAGAUGCAUGCCGAGAAGCUGCUCGACGCCAGGGAACAGUCGCACCGCCAGCAAGUCCUACGACUGGAGAAUCAGAUCUCCAUGCUGCGGGAGCAGUUGGCUCAGGAGGCCAAACGGCGGCAACAGUACAUUUUACGCAGCUCAAAGGCGAAUAGGGAAAUGCAGCACCUAAGGAGCACCCUGGGAGAUUCCCUUCGCAAUGUCUCGCAGCACCCGGUUGAUGCUCACCUCUUGGAAAGCGAGAGUAGACGUCUCGACUCUGCCGUUUCGAUGAGUCUGCCUCCCUCGACCUGUCGUGACUACGAUCGCGACUAGAUCGAUGUAAAGCUCAGAUUUGGUUAACCUUGAUCCCGCCAAGAAGACGUAACGCUCACUGCCAUUUGCAUUUAUUUAGAAAAGGCUUCCUGGACUGUUCCAGUCGCAUCUGAGUUAAUCAUCGCGUGCAUUUCAACUCGUUUGCCUUAGUACAAUUCUAGCUGUUCAUUGUCUGCCCUGUUAGACAAUCGAAUAUAGUGCGUUCCAUCCAGUCGCAUUUGGGCAUCCGUUAGCGAUAACCCCAUCCUUUCAUCUCCACACAAAUAACUAUGCCUUAAAAGGGGUCACGAGUUCCGAUUCUCCCAGAACUAGGGAGAACACCGAACUAUAUCUAACACGAGAAUUUACAUCAUUUGCAUUUACAUAUUGGCCAGAACACCGAACUAGUCAGCACAAAAAAAAGCAUAUAUAUUUAAUCCUUAGCAUAUCUAAUCCUAUAUACAGUGCGGUUCGUCGACUGCAUGUUUUAUAAAAUAUAUAUACAAGAGAAACACA